UCUAUUUAAUUUCUUUCUGCCAUUCCCAAUUUCCUCUGCACGCCCAGAAGAAAAUGGUCGCUUGUUUUUCUUUUCUUUUCCCUCUUGCUCCAUUUUUUGUCACCUUUUUGUUUCUUAUCCUUUUCCUGGAACAGAUCUCUUACUUGCGCAAAAAGCGAAAUGUCCCUGGCCCCAACAUCGUCUUGCCUUUCUUGGGCAACGCCAUUUCAUUAGUCACAAAACCCACAAAGUUCUGGGAAGUUCAAGCUGAUUUGGCUACUUCUCUUGGAUUUUCUGUUAAUUAUAUCAUUGGUUGCUUCAUUGUCUUUAUCCGAAGCACCGAACUUUCCCACUAUAUCUUCGCCAACGUCCGACCCGAUGCUUUUUUACUUGUGGGACACCCUUUCGGUAAAAAGCUUUUCGGUGAACAUAACAUGAUUUAUAUGUUCGGACAAGAUCACAAAGAUCUUCGCCGUCAAAUCGCUCCUAACUUCACUCCUAGGGCUCUCUCUACCUAUACUGCAUUGCAACAGAUUAUCAUUCUCCAACACUUAAAGUCAUGGGAGCGUCUUUCCUCGGAAUCGCCGGGGAAGCCGAUUUCUCUCCGCCUUUUAGCUCGCGACAUGAAUCUCGAAACCUCUCAAACUGUUUUUGUGGGCAGGUAUUUGUCUCAUGAAGCUCGGGACAAGUUUAGAGACGAUUAUAAUCUAUUCAAUACAGGUUUAAUGAAGCUCCCGUUUGAUCUCCCCGGUUUUGCGUUUCGAAACGCCAGGCUGGCCGUUGAGCAAUUAGUCGAAACCCUUGGUGAUUGUGCUACUCAAAGUAAAAAGAGGAUGUCUGAAGGAGACGAGCCUUCUUGUUUAAUCGAUUUUUGGAUGCAAGAAACUGUUAGAGAAAUAGCGGAGUCCAAAACGGCGCCACCUCGCUCUAGCGACGUAGAAAUCGGCAGUUACCUCUUUGAUUUUCUCUUCGCCGCUCAAGACGCCUCCACUUCGUCGCUCCUCUGGGCGGUGACCCUCCUCGACUCUCAUCCCGAUGUUCUCCGUAGAGUUCGGGAGGAAGUAUCAAGGAUUUGGUCGCCGGAGUCGGAUACUUUAAUAAGCGCAGAGCAACUGAGGGAAAUGAAGUACACUCAAGCAGUGGCGCGUGAGGUUAUAAGAUAUCGGCCCCCGGCGACGCUAGUACCACACAUUGCAAUGAAGGAUUUCCCGUUGACCGAGUCAUACACAAUUCCCAAGGGCACGAUCGUGUUCCCCUCGGUUUACGAAUCAUCCUUCCAAGGGUUCACGGAGGCGGACCGGUUCGAACCGGAGCGAUUCUCGGAGGAUAGGCAAGAGGAGGUGAUUUUCAAACGAAACUACCUGGCAUUCGGUGCUGGGCCCCACCAGUGCGUGGGCCAAAGGUACGCCUUGAAUCAUCUGGUGCUUUUCAUUGCCAUGUUCGUCACGGUGCUCGAUUUCAAGCGACACCGAACCGAGGGCUGUGAUGAAAUCAUGUAUUGCCCGACCAUCAGUCCCAAAGACGGCUGCCGCGUCUCCUUAUCUCGGAGGUGCUCGCGUUAUCCCAAUCUCUCUCUUAAUUGACCAAAAAGCCCUCCAAAGUUCUCUCGCCUUCUUUUCCGGUGAACUUGGUAGCUCUCUGUGAUUAUUGUCCUUUGCUGCUUCUCACGUCCUUCAAGGCUGGGACCGUCAAACCUUGUUUGUGGCUAUGAUUCUUUGAUGUGAGGUAUUUUUAUGUACAUACACAUUGAUGGAGGGUUUGGAUAAUUUCUUCUUUUUUUUCCCUUAAAUUAAUAAAUGAAAAUUGGUUGGUGUUUUAUCAAAUAAACAAAAAAUUGUAUUUUAAA